UUAUUUCUAUUUUUCUAUAUUACCUAACAAAAACAAAAACUCAACACAUAACAAAUAAUCAAAUUCCUUAAACUCACUCCUAUUAUCAUAGGUAACACUUUUUAAUAAUCUUCAUUCUUUCAUUCAUAAAAACAAUAAAAGAAAAACAAAACAAGAACAAAAAAAGAUGCAUAGGAAAACAGAUUCAGAAGGAACAAGCUUAGCAACAUCAUCACCGACAAGAUCACCACCACGAAGACCAAUCUACUAUGUUCAAAGUCCAUCAAGAGAUUCACACGAUGAAAAAACUGUCACAAAUUCAUUCCAUUCAACGCCUGUUCUUAGUCCUGUUGCUUCACCUCCUCACUCUUCAUCUUCCACUAAUUUCUCUUCUCAAACACGCAAAAAGCAUCAUCAUCAACAUCAUCAUAAUCAUAGUCAUAAGCCAUGGAAGCAAAUUGAUGUGAUUGAAGAAGAGGGUCUUCUUGAGAGAGAAGAUCGGAGUGGCUCUUUUCCUCGGAGAUGUUACUUUCCUGCUUUUGUUGUUGGGUUUCUGCUUUUGUUUUCGUUGUUUUCGGUUAUUCUUUGGGGUGCUAGUAGACAUAUGAAGCCUAAGAUUGUUGUCAAGAGCAUAAAGUUUGAUCAUGUUAGGGUUCAAGCUGGUUCAGAUUCAACUGGGGUGGCCACUGAUAUGAUCACAAUGAAUUCUACUUUGAAAUUCACAUACCGCAACACUGGCACUUUCUUUGGAGUCCAUGUUUCAGCUACACCCUUGGAACUGUCCUAUUCAGAUAUAACUAUUGCUUCAGGGAAUAUGAAGGAGUUUCAUCAAUCUAGGAAGAGUCAAAGGUUAGUGAGUGUGACAGUGACAGGUAACAAGAUUCCUUUAUAUGGAAGUGGUGCUAGUCUUAGCAGCACAACAGGCACUCCUACAUUGCCAGUGCCAUUGAACCUUAACUUUGUCCUUAGAUCAAGAGCUAAUGUGCUUGGGAAAUUGGUGAAGCCCAAAUACUACAAGAGGAUUCAAUGUUCCAUCACUUUGGAUCCUAAGAAACUUGGUGCUCCAAUUUCCCUCAAGAAAUCUUGCAAAUAUUAUUGAUGCAUGUGAAAGGGACACAAGUGUAAAAGUAUUAUUGGAAAAAAACAAAUGAUUAUUAUUUGAUUUAAUGGAUUAAGAGAUUCUUUUAAGAUGUGGAUGGAAGUGAUGGGAAUACAGCUCACAAUGAAGGAUGAUUAGGACAUGUUUUUGGGCUUUGAAUUAUGCAAUGACAAAGACAAAGACCAUGUUGGUUUCUUUAGGGAAAUGUGAGUUGUGAUGUGAGUUGUGAUGUGAGUUCUCAUUAUAUGAAGACAUUUCUUUUUUUUUUUGUAUGUUGUAUUUUAAUAAUUUGUCCCAUUUUGAUUAAAUUGAUCUAAAAAUGAGAAGUAAUAUGAAAUUUUAUUCAAUGUUAA